AUGCAUGCUGAGGGUGAAAAGAAUCCUGACGACCUGCAUCUGCGCCAUUACCUUGCCAGAGCAAAGCACAUAUUAGUCGUGCUUCCUGGAAUGAAGUUUAUGAUGAUGAUUUUGUUUUUGUGUUGUGAGAUUGAUUGAAGUUCAACUUUUUUCCUUCUGGGACUCACUGCUCGUCUAGUACUUGUUUGUUCUGCCAAGAAGGAGGACGGGAAAAAUUGUUCAAUAGAAAUAACUGAACCCAGUAGAGGCAGGUGGGCUUACCUCUCUCUCUCUUCUUCUAAUCCCCACGUCGAGCUAAUGCGACACCCAGACGUGAAUACCGAGUGUGAUUAUGUCUAUCACCUGAUGCAGGACACGGGUUUAAAUCCUGCGUCGUUCAUGGGCUUCAAACUCGAUGGCGAGGCCGUAGUAGACUACAUCCUCUCUUACGCCAGAGACUUCGAAAGCAAACAUCCAGGAACAAAAAUAGACGGCGUCAUGGCUUUUGAUUUUAUGGUAUGGUAUAGUUAUAUCCAGCAUGGUAGAGAGAGGAAGAUCAGGAUAGUAAAUGAUUUGACCUAUUUGUUCUUUAUCUUUUAGAAAUUGAAAUUUUUAUCAAUUAUGUUCAUUAUUAUAAUGAUCUUGUGAUCGUUAUAUUUGUACUAGCAGUACAUCUGCAUGUUUCUACAACUUCAUUUCCCGUUUCCCGACAAUGUGCGCCUCGAUCGUGAACCAUGUUCUAGGCUUGCAGGGUCCAUCUAUUCCGUCGCUUAUCAUGUGCGAUUGCAAGAAGGAGAUGCGGAAACACCUCACUCCACACGUGAAAGUGUACGACCCGGUUGAAUUCUACAAAGAAGCUCUCUCUCUAGAAGCAAGCGGAGCGGAUCCGGUUGAAGCCGCGAAGAAAUUAAGAGGACAAGAAGAUCAUGAUUGAUCAUGCUCUUCAUACAACUCUACUUGUUGUUUUACUACUUUCAUUUAUUGUUGCUCGUCCAACGGGAGAGAGUAUAUUAUAUUUACCUAUCAUUUGUUGCUCAUGCUCGUCCAACGGGAACGGGGGCUUUUUCUUGCAAUUCCUAGUUCCUACUUCUAUAGCUACACGACCUAGAACAAACCAGGCUACACGACCUACAACAAACCAGGACUACGACGCUCCUCGACACACACCAACUUCACCGCAACAUCUACUUUUGUCCUCUACCUCUAAUUUCCGAAGGCUCACCAUAUCCUGUAGUCAUAAAAGGUGCAUCCGGUCAAUUCUAUAUGGCGAGUAAGACGCUUUUUAACUACAAAGAAGUACUCAAGUACAUACGCGCACGUCCAACGCAGGAAGGAGUUUUUAACCCAACUUCAGAGGUGGGCCAAAAGCUCCAAAGCAUAAGCUGCGCAGAUGCAGAAAAAGCCGAUUUGACUUCUAUACGGCCAAUGAAUAGAUCAAGCAUUAUAGCACUUGUAUCUAUAAUCUGCAACAUCAAGAGUAAUUACACUUUCUUUCGUCAUCUUCUGCGAGCAACAAUGGCUGAAGUAAAAGCAUAUGAAUUUUUUGAUUCGCAGUCAGUGUGAUCCAUUGCGGACCUUGAUCCAUGUCCCCAGUGAGGUCCGGAGUCUUCUGCUCCAGUUCCGCAGCGUCAGCGUCCUACUCAGCUAACUACUUAGGUAAGCGCAAGAACGAAGAGCGACCAAGUAGACAGAACAAGCACAACGCAAGACAAACGCAACGCGCGCCGCGUCGUGUCUAUUCUCUCCUCGUGCAGGUUUGGCAGGUGUUACCUCGGUGGCAUCACCUAAGACAUACGGAGAGGGUCUGAGAUAGCCUCAAGCUUAGGCGAGCUUAGUGCGCGUGCGGUCCAUAACAUUCAGAAGAUUCCGGACUUCCCUGGGGAUAUGGGUCAAGGUUCGCAAUGAAUCACGCGCAGCCAUCUGCGGAAAAUGGAGGAAAAUUUUCAGAGUGUAGCUACACCAGAAUUAUAAGUCAAUGAAGAUGAUGUUGAUGAAGAACACGUCGAGUUUUACAAAUAAACGAGAAAACUCCUUAAUAUAUAUCCAUUUUCGCAAAACCAAAAACUGCAUUUAUUUCUUCUAACAUUCGGAAACGACAUCGACGAAACUGCGCGAAGCAUGAUACAAUACAGAAGGCGACAAAACUUUUUCUACAAGUAUGGUGGUGCCGUGGGCAAGUACGAUUGGGGAGUCAGUAGACCUGAAGACCUACCACUCUUUCACGUCGAAGAGAUGUUCCAUACGUUUUCGGAACAACAGGUACUAGUAUUUUGGUUGACGUUCUUGUGCAACUCCCAAGUUUCGCAAGUAGUUUCGCAAGUAGUUUUCUUCCUCGACCACGCACUUUCCUUCCGCCCACAUAACAGAUAGAAAUCGUCGUGGACAAGGAUGGGAAAAUGCUUAUUGCUGACACGGGUGACAUAAGUCGGUCAGCUGUCGUUGAGGAAGCGGUGACGGUUUUCAAAACACCAGGGUCCUUCAAGAUCGAAGGCGCUCUCAAGACCUUUGCGAAAGACGUCACGGAGAAAUUGAUUUAUGGAAAACUAGGAAGUUGAAGUACUUACCUCCCAUACGACCAUGUCCUGUGCCCACUAAUACAUCACCCUCUAGUGUAGUAAAAAUCAUGCUCCUGCUCCUCGUCAUGAUCAUGGUACUAAUAAAUAUGUUAAGAGCUGCCUCAACAUUAUUUGUCAACAUCUUAAAAACUCUUCAUCAGGGCACAUCUUCUGUUCUUGCAGCAUUCUCAACAGAAUAUUCCUCCAGCACCUCCUCCUCUUCCACCUUCAUACCCGCAAGAGUUUCGGUUUCAAAAACGGUGCUUUGGAUCUGGAAUUUGUGCGCAUAAAAGAUGGACAGGGCAACGCCACAGAGAAGUACGAGUUGAUAGAGUACAACGCGCGAUAUAGCUACAUGGGAUGGCACCAGAUGGAAGGGACGAAUAUGCAAAGCGGGAAUAUGAGAGCCAGUGCGAUGCAUACGAGUAAUGCGAUUCAGGAGGUAACAAGAAUUCUUGAAAAUUCGAUUUAUAAACUUCUUGAUACCACAUGCAGCUCUCGCAUGCUUCGGUUCAUUUGAUCGCUUAUCUAGCCUAUACGCUCACUCCGUCACAAGUGAGCCCACUCGUAUCCUAGCCUAAUAAACAUUACUAUUACAGAAACAGAUACAAGUUAGUAAGUUAGUUGGGAAUAGAAUGUAUAAGUACACGAAGAAGUUGUACAUGAAGUUGGAGUAGAUUGCUACUGCUUCUUCAACUUCAUGAAAAAUCUCUCUCCACCAGGUUGAAGCAAAAAAGAGCAAAGGAAAGCGUUCAACAGUAUUUGAGGGUAACGACUUGCGCCGCGCUUUCCUCACACUCAACACGCACAAGUCUGUGAGGAAUCUGAAAAAUCGAACGCAACUAUGUCUUUAAGACGAAGGAUCGUGUUGACAAAUAUAGAUAGACUUAGACAUAGAGAUAGUCGUGUUGAGGGUGGACGAAUUGUAUUUCGUCCUUUCAAGAAUGAAUCAUGCUAAGUUAGGGAGACGAGAUAGGGAAGCGGAAAACGAAGAUACCAACAUCAGAAGCAGGAUGUUGAUCAUAAUGAUCAUUGAGAAGAAUUUGAAUUUCCUCGAAAAAGGUUAAAGUUCACAACGAUCAUCAUGAUCCACAAAAUCCCGCUUCCUAGUCCUAGAUCUGAAUCCGGUUUUUUCUUUGGCUGUGUGUUUGUGCAGGAAACAGGAACAAGUCUCUCUAACACGUACUCGUCUUAGCCAUAGCGUCGGAGCACCACCACCACCUCCACGGGUGUUUGUAUUAUCAAGAAGUAAAAAGUAAAAGUAGAUGAACAACAACAACAACAACAGGGUGUUGUUGAUGUUGAUCAUGAUGAUCAUUGAGAAGAAUUUGAAUUUCCUCUUUAUUUCAUCGCCUAAGUAAAAAGUAGUACUUCUUCUAACGUACCGGUUUACUCCCCAGUAUCAUUCCUGCAAGGGACGAAGUCGGUGAAAGCAAAUUAGCGGUUUUUGCUUACACAAAACGACUUGGACCAGAGGACGAAAUCAUCGAUAUGCCAACGAUACUGCAAAGGGUGAUCGAUUUUGAUCAAGACCCUAAGGAGAUGAUGGCCAAAUUGAAGGCAAUGAAAGUUAAGGCUUUUUAUCACACUAUUACAAAUCUAUCAUUUCCACGCACCUUCAUGUUCGAGCACGGUUUUUUUCUUCAUCUGUCUCUGUAGUUUUAACUGAACCAGGCAGUUACUUGUAGCUGCUACGUGGUUCGAAGCAAUUUUAGGGAUGAAGCUGCUCAUGCGAUGAAGAAUUGCUAUCAAUGAGGAAUCGAGCUCUAAGACGGGCCGCUUUGCACCACUAGAAGAAUACGUUCCGAAAACGCUUGCGGUACCGAAGACCAUAACCGAAACUGACCAAGCAUAUCAGGGGUACUUUGACUAUUUUGACUUGAAUAAGUAUGUUCUACUUGUUGUUUUUUUCUAGUGAGGGACGGGGAGGACUUUGAAAUAUGUUGACAUAAUCGCGAAUGAUACGUAGCUAGGUCGUCCGCGCGACUAGUAGAAGUUGUAAGUAUUUGUUUAGGAUAUUUAUACAAAUGUAAGUAGUUGGUAAAUGGUCGCUAUUCCGAAUGCUCCGCCUAAGAGAUGCCUGACUCAGUCACAAUCUUUCGCUCUGUUGACCCUGAUCCUGGAAGUAUCUGAUCUCUCAUGCCUCAGGCUCAAGGUUCACAUUAGAAUGGCAGUCCCUAGCUCUUCGUAGAUCUUAGUCCCGUGCAAAAUAUGGAACCCGUUUAGCCGCGAUUCUAGGAGUUCGCGUUCUCUCGUUAUGAUCUAGCCAUCAUGAGUUUGUGUUGAUAUGAUCGUCUCGUGAUAAAUCAUGUGUUCAUGCUGACCAAAAUAGAGAAGGAGAACCCUUUUGGCCGCUCACAUGAAGAUGGAUGAUGAUGAGACAUUGAAUGAAUGGAUCACGAUCCCACCACCUUCAUGAUAUAGACUGAUGGAGACGCUUUCCCUUUGCAUCGUAUCCCAACCAUCAGGGUCAACAUAAACUAACGGUCAGCAAUCAAUCUUACGGUACGUCAUCUUGCGUUCGUGUGAUGAGCUCCUGUUUCUUCCGCGUUCAAGUUGAUCAUCUUAUUUUGUGCUUCGGGCAUCUCUUGUCUGCGUCACGUCGUGUUCGGGAGUAUCCAACGAAAAAUCAUGGCCACGCUUCUUUUUGAUAUCACGCACUCGAAUUCAAACCCACAACUUGUACCAGGUAUUGCAAGCACGGAUUUUUCCUCAUGACGUGGCGUGAUGAGAAUGAAGCGAUUAACUCUGCUCUCAAAGAGCUUGUUGGGACGUUUUUUCGCCAACAGACGGACACUUAUUUGGACUGUGUGUUAGCAAUGCCUCACUCUGAGCACCCAAAUGUUGAGGCGCUUAGUAACUGA